AUAAAUAUACUUGUACUUAAACUUUUCAUGACACAAGUGGGGAAGAGGAGACCUUUUCUCUCCCAAUAGCUUACAUUUAUAUAGUGCUUUACCUAUGACAAAACCCUUCUCUUGCAACAAACAGCCCUAUGAGGGUGGUAAGACAGGUAUUAUUAUCCUUAUCUUACAGCUGAGGAAAUAAAGGUUUUUGCAGGUUGUAGUGAUGUCUUUUGUUUUUACAUCACAAUCAUUCCCAAAUAUAACCUCUCCCCCUCCCUUAGCCCUACUCAGUGAGCUCUCCUUGUAGCCAAGAAAAGUAGUUAAGUAAAACUGGCUCAGCAAGCACACCUGAUGGACCAUGUGACAUUCCACACCUACCUUCCCCCAUUCCCCUUCCCCCCCAAGGAAAGAAGAGAGAUCGUGUGUCACUUCCCUGCUUAAGAACCUGUCAUGGCUCCCUGGAACAUUGCCAGAGAAAUGUCACCAGCAGUAAGUUCCUGUUCACAGAAGGAAGAGCGCGCUGUGUUUGGGGAAGGAAGGCUCCAUGGAAGAGCGUGUUCCAUGGGAAACGGAACGAGCAGGCUCUAUGGUGCUAUCGCCAAGACCCUGAACAGCUCGGCAGCCACCCAGCACCCAGAUUGUUUGGUGCCUCCUGACUCAGAACAGCUGGAUCCCAUAGAUCCCAAAGAGCUGCUUGAGGAAUGCAGGGCAGUCCUGCACACGCGCCCUCCCCGGUUCCAGAGGGAUUUUGUGGACUUGAGGACGGACUCAACAAGUAGCCACCCAUCCAUUAGGGUCAUGCAGUGGAACAUCCUUGCUCAAGCUCUUGGGGAAGGCAAAGAUAACUUUGUACAGUGCCCUGUUGAGGCACUCAAGUGGGAAGAAAGAAAAUGUCUCAUUCUAGAAGAGAUCUUGGCCUACCAGCCGGACAUCCUGUGCCUGCAAGAGGUGGACCACUACUUUGACACUUUCAACCCGCUCCUCAGUAGACUGGGCUACCAGGGCACCUUCUUUCCAAAGCCGUGGUCGCCCUGUCUGGAUGUGGAACACAACAAUGGUCCUGAUGGCUGUGCCUUGUUUUUUCUUCAGAAUAGAUUUAAGCUGGUCAACAGUACCAACAUCAGGUUGACUGCCAUGACUCUUAAAACUAACCAGGUGGCCAUAGUGCAGACACUGGAGUGUAAGGAGACGGGGAGACUCUUCUGCAUUGCCGUCACCCACCUGAAAGCCCGUACUGGCUGGGAGCGAUUUCGAUCUGCACAAGGUUGUGACCUCCUCCAGAACCUGCAGAACAUCACCCAGGGAGCCAAGAUCCCCCUGAUUGUCUGUGGGGACUUUAAUGCAGAACCCACCGAGGAAGUUUACAAACACUUUGCCUCCUCUAGCCUCAACCUAAACAGUGCCUAUAAACUGCUGAGUGCAGAUGGACAGUCAGAACCACCGUACACAACCUGGAAGAUCCGGACAUCUGGGGAGUGCCGGCACACGCUGGAUUAUAUCUGGUAUUCCAAGCACGCUUUAAAUGUGCAGUCAGCUCUUGGCUUACUCACCGAGGAACAGAUUGGACCCAACCGGCUACCAUCCUUCAAUUACCCUUCUGACCACCUGUCUUUAGUGUGUGACUUCAGCUUUAAUGAAAACCAGGACCAGCUUUUAUAGCUUGCCUGGAGCUAAAUUUCUAGUUGCAAAAGUAGGGAAAUGAAAAUAAGUUGGUUGAGGAAGGAUUUGUGUUUCUCAGCCUACCUUUCUGGCAUGGCCCAAAUUGGGGGGGAAAAAGACAAUUUCACAACUUUUUUGAUUAAAGUCUCUAUCAAAAAAGGUGUGUGCACCCCAGUUUUGGCUUGUGGUGUUUUCUCUCCCUUCAGCAUUAGUUUUUGAUAAGAAGUAAGAGAACCAUGUCAUUUAUUUGGAACCUUUCUCCUUCCUGAGGACUUUGUGCCAAUGUGGACUUGCUUGAGUCUUCCCUGACUGAGGUUGGUGGGUGUAUAUAUAAAUCAAGACAAUACUCUCCUAUUUUUAUUUAUUAUGGCAUUUAAAAAGACAUUAAGAGGAAAGGACUGUGCAUGGCCACAUUAUUAUUAUUAUUAUUUUAACAUUGCAUUGUAAAUGACAUAAGCAAAUGUUUAGAAUCUUAGCAUGUGAGAACCAUACGAGAUGUUUGUAGAGCCAGUGAAGGUUUCUUGGCAUUCUUCUUGAGAUAGAUUUAACCAUUUUCGUAUUUAGUCUGUCUGAUAAAACAGUGCUAAUACACAACAGGUUUAAAACAGAAUAUUUGUUCCAGGGUUGUGUUUUCAAGUGGUAGAGCCAUAUCAAGUUGGGGAGCCUGUUCCUUCUUUUGUUUCAUGGGAGGCAUCAUCUCUCUCCUGUGUCCUUUCUAAUCUGUUCCAUCCAGAACAGCCACAUCCUUUCUGUUUACAUGCAUGUUUCAUGCAAAAAUGUGAGUUGAUCCAAAUUACUUAACCACUACUUUAUGUAUUUUUUACUUAUACAUCAAUUUGUUAGGUGACCCUAGUCUACUUUGACCUAAGAUUUUAUAAAUGACACUGGAAUUUUUCAAGAAUAGGGUUGGGUUUUUGGUUUUUGUUUUUGUUUUUGUUUUUUUUGGGGGGAGGGGUUGUUCUUGUUUUUCCGAGAGCUGUUUUAGUAUGGUGCCUGAGAAAAUCAGAGGGUCCUUCCUCGCUAUAAGGACUUAGGCUAUAAAAAGAUGGGCAGUCACUUAAGAGUGCACAGUGAAAUUUGUAGUUUGACUAGAAAGAAGACCUGGAACUCUAUACCGGGAAUGAGAGUUAGUCAAAAUCAACCAAAUAGAAUUGCUGAACCAUGGGUUGUAAAUGUUCAAGUUAUUUAAUAAAAAAUUUUAAAAGCUGA